UCACUCGCGUGAGCAGCAGCAGUAUGGUUGCCUGGCGAGAUUAUCAGAUGCGACAGUGGACAUGGAUGCAGCGACGAUGGAGAUCAUCAUCCAGGCACCUGCACACACACACACACAGAUGGAUGGAUGGGUGGCUUGUGUGUGUGUGUGCUGACCGAGGAGAGGCGGGAACUCGUUGGUGAACAUCUUCAGCGGGCCAUUCUGCACACAGAGAUACGAACACCGGAUCAAACACCCACUCGGCGAGGGAAGCAGCACCUUCCUGCACACCAUCAUCCAUACACACACACACACACACAUGCGCGUUGACGUGUGUGCAUUGAGACAUCGGUCAGUGGCGUACUGUGAUGGUGCCCUCAGGGUUCAGCACACGCAUACACGCACACACACAGACCCCGCUCAUCAUCCACACACUCGCGUACCUGCAGGGCGUGUGGCCCGUACGGAGUUUCCGCGCCGUUCUGCCGACGAACGACCAAAAGAGACCCAACACGAUCGUCGCGAUACCUGCAGCACAGGCACACACACACGAACACACAGAAAUGGGCACAUGGCAGGCACACAAGCAUAUUGCGUGUGCAUCAUUCACAUGUACCUGGAAGUCGAGGGCCAUAAGGUUGCCGAACGCCAGCACGAAGAUCGUGCUCCAAUUCGGUUCGGCGUUGGCGAAAGUCGCCUGAAUGCACACAUGCAGACACCACACACACUCAUGUGAGCGCCACGCAUAUCCCAUCCAUCCAUUUGUGCACUCGCUGCUGCGUACGUAGGCGUCUAGAGAGUCUCUCAUCCCGCCUCAGACGAUGGGCGUGUCGCCACAACGAUACGCGGGGCCCUUGUCAGGGCCUGCAUCGGCACCCAGACAGAGGGGCGUGAAGCGGCACUGCCUCCGCCUCCCAUUGCUGUGGGUGCCUGUCUGCACACAGACAGACAAGACACAGAAGAGCACGAGAUGCAGACAGAUGUCUCCUUUCCUCCUCACUGUAUCCAUCUAUCCCCACCAGCUCACCUCUUUCUCGGUUGUCGUCUCGCAACUAGAUCCCUCAAGCAACGCCUCUCCGAACGCUCACUCGGUCUGAUGUCACACACAACCAACGGGGGAAAACCACGUGCACUCACCAGGUCCACUCACUCACAAUCACAGGAGAUCUGUGCGCGCCUGUGUUGUCACCUUGCCGAUCUCCAAUCGCACGAUAGCGACGACCCACGGACGCAGUCUGUCUCAGAUCUGUACAAGGUCAAUGAACAGAAGAGCAUCCACCGUUGCCUUCAUGUCAAGCGCAUUCCAUCCCUUUCUGUGGGGUUCAUCCAGCGCUUACCACAGCCGGCUGUGCGUGGCAGGGGGAGUUGAGUGAUGAUUGAUGGGCCUCAGAGAGAUCUCAGCAAACCCUGCAGCCCGUAACCCUGCAGCCCAUAACCCUGCACCCCAUAAACCCUUGACCCGACGAUUGCAU